AUGAGUAGUGUAGAUGGCUCCGAUGAUGAACAACAAGAUGAUCUCGAACAAGCUGAAAUUGAUGAGGAAUUAAACGAAGAUGACACCCAAGAAAUCGAACAAACUAUUGAAGGUGACAACGAAGAUGAAACCGAAGAAAUACAACAUUCGGAAAAUGAACAAGAAGAUGACAAAAAUGAAGAUGAAGAGGAUGAGGAAGAAAUUGAUGAAGAACAGCAACCAGAUGAUCAGGAAGAGAAGAAAGAGCAUGAUGUCGAUUUGGCUAAUCCGUUAGACGAGGAUUCAUUAGAAGCGGGACUGGAGGCAGCUCAAAAUCUUACUCAAGAAGAUGUGUUUGGUGAUGAUUUGGAUGAUUUAAGUGAAGAUGAAGGUGGUGUUCGGCGAAAAAAACAACGUGUUGAUGCUUCACAAGAUCAAACGAAUGGUAAUUUGCUUACGGAUGAUAUAUUAGGGGAUGAAGAUGAACUUGCAGAAGAAAAGGACGAAGAAGAACAAGUGAUUGUUGAUACACCAGCGAUAACGUGUGACCUUGGUCGCGAAAUACAUCUAGUUAAAUUACCAAGUUUUAUGAAUGUUGAACCUAGACCGUUUGAUCCACAGUAUUUUAAUGAAGAAAUUCGAGACGAUGAUGAUGAAGAAAAUAAAGCUCGACUAAAAUUAAAACUCGAGAAUACGAUAAGAUGGCGUUUUAAUACAAAUGAAAAUGGAGAACUGACACGUGAAAGUAAUACAAGACUUGUUCGAUGGUCAGAUGGAAGCUUAUCAUUACAUUUAGGCAAUGAAAUAUUUGAUGUAUAUAAAACAAACAUUGAAGGUGAUCACAAUCAUUUAUUUGUUCGACAUCAAAAAAGUAUGCAAGGACAAGCAGUAUUUAGAACAAAAUUAUCAUUCAGACAUCAUUCGCAAGAUUCAUUUGACUCACAUUUGAAAAUAAAAUUCGCUAGUAAAGCGAAUCCAGCACCAAAAGUUCGCGUAUUAUCAAAUCCUAAAACACCAAUUGCAAACAGUAUUGAGAUGAUUCGAAAAGAAGAACAACGUAUGAGAUCAGAAGAACGACGCCGAAAUCAUCAAUUACGUCAGAGAGAACGUGC